GCAGAUUAAGUGUGAAAGAAUGCAAGUUAUAGAAGAUUGAUGUUUUGACCCUGUCAUUCUAGAAGCCACAAUCAUGAGUAAACUAUUUUAAAGUGUUCAAACUAAUUUCUGUUCUGAUCAUGACUCCCAGUAGAUAUGGUUUAAGAUGUGAUCUAAACCAGGCUAUCCAGCAGCCAAGAUUGUGGCUAUAUUAAGACCAUAUUAAUUGCCAGAAAUCAUAUGCAGAUGGUAUGUUGGUCAAUGCCCUGUGCUUUCGAAUUAAAAUGAAUAAAAAAAAAGUUACAAAUUAAUUUGCUGAUUUAAAUGUUUUAACCUUUUUAUUCAUUUUAAUUCGAAAGCAUUUAAUAGUUUAAUAAUUCGAAAGCAAAUUAACUGUGUUUUCCUCAAGAGUCCAGCGGGUCAAUAAAAAUGGCCUUAUUUUAGAGAAAUUAUUCCUGAUGUAAAUUUGUAAGCCAACGAGGAUUUUUUUUCUAGGGUUCUGUGCGGUAUAUUUCAUAAACGACAUUCAAAAACUGCAUGAAACGAUACCAACUACUACUCCUUAUGGUAGUUGUAUUCCUGGGCUCGUAUUCAUAAAGAUUCUAAGAAUCCUCUCAGAAAACUCUUAAUUUAGCUUGAAAACAUUUACGACCUUAAGACCUCUUUUAAGCGUUAAGAUUAUUUCUGAUUUUUUUUCUUCACUAGGAUUUUUUCUUUAAUUUUAAGAGUAAACGCCCACAAUUCUAAGAAUUUUCUUAGAAUUUUGUCGCUAGGAGCUCCUUUUUGCAUUAAGAUUCUUUAUGUAUUCACAAAACAUCUUCGGGCUAAAAGUAGCUAAUAGCUUGCCUAUUUAAGAGAAACUAAAAAAUAAUGGGCCUGUUAUUACUAAAUUUAGGACCCCUAAAUGUUUGCUUUUUUUUUUUUUUAGUGCUAAAACUAGCUCCUAAACCUGUGAAAGGUUAGGGGUAGUGAAGAGGACUCCUAAGUCACUAAGACCAAGUCACAAACUAUCCUAAAAUGGCGGUUGCCGGAAAUCUGCCUCUGAAUGUAAACAUUUUAGAAACAUUUGAUGAUCAUGACUUUUCCGAAAGGAUCACCUUUGGUUUUGGGGGUUACCUCAACUCUGUACUUCAAUUUGUUUUCAUUAACCAGUUGGGCAAGAAGUAACGUGCUUGUGUCCAGACUCCAGUUUGUUUAUUUUUUCUUUGUACAUUUGAAUAUAUUACUAUCAGCCAAGAUUAUUCUUCUCUGUUAAUUAAAAUGCUGUUUAUAUGCAUUUCCGCUAAUUGGUUUGAGGAGCAUACGUUCAAGAUGCUGACAGUAAGCUGCACAUAUACUUGUUUAAUUAAGUGACACUUAUCCUGCAUUUUCUAAUCUGGCAACUAACAUUUAAUUUAAACCUUUAUUUGAAAACGCAAACAUAAUAUUGUGCUCUACAAUAUUUUCAUUAAUAAAUCUAUUCUGAUAGAGACUACCAGCCAAUCACUGUGUGCAUAGUUAGUACGCAUGCUGACAUCAUACAUAGCAACGAGGUCAACCCCGCCCUUACUCUUAGUUUAACGCUUCUCUCUAUUUCUUGGUAAAAGUUAAUCUCAGCAGCUUUGUGGAUAGGUUUUAAGAGAACAAUCUUGAUAAAAACUGUUACAGUUAAAAUGUUGCAGUAUUUGUUCGAUACAAAAUCGAUGAUUAUACUGCGUAAUUUCCUUUAACUGUUACUGCAAACGUCCCACGAUUAUGUUUGAAGAUUAACACUCAGUGCAUGGUGCAUGGACUUCGCUCUGUUUAAGAGUUUGUUUUUGAGUACCAGUUAAACAUUGUAGUUAGUCGACCUAUUUUAUCGCGGAGAGUUAUCAAUUCUCUCUACAAUUUUCUGGAUCCUUGUCAUAUUAAACAAAAGAUAAAUUUAAGUGGUAUAGCAUUUACAAUCUAAUCGCAACAAACAUGGCAAAUGGACCAGUGCAGAAGGAGACCAGCAGUCAGCCACACUUCCUACAGUUCAACAACCUCGCUUGCGAAACAGCUGGAGGAAAGGUGAUUUUUGCCACGGAUGAGUGGUUUGCCCCUGCUAGAAAUCUUUUAAAGAGAGACCCUCCAGAAUUCAUAGCCUCAGCGUUUACUGAAUACGGAAAAUGGAUGGAUGGCUGGGAAACCAGGAGGAAAAGAAUUCCAGGUCACGACUGGUGCAUCAUUCAGUUAGGAGUUCCAGGAAUUAUUCAUGGCUUUGAUGUGGACACAUCUUUCUUCACGGGGAACUAUGCGCCAUACACCUCCAUUCAAGCUGCGUGUCUUGAUCAGAUGCCGUCAUUCACUCUUGAAGGAGAUCGUACAGGCAUGGCAGCUUCCCCAAGCCAGUUCGAAGCUGUAGCACAGCUUAACUCAGACAGCUGGGAGGAGCUUGUCCCGAUGACAAAGCUGAGGCCGGGGUACUCUGAAUCAUGCCACAACUACCUGAACGUCACCUACCCACAUAGAGUUACCCAUAUCCGCCUUAACAUAUAUCCAGAUGGCGGCAUUGCGAGGCUGAAAGUUUAUGGCAUUGGGAAGAAGGACUGGUCCACUGUGUCUAGUCAAGACCUAGUGGAUCUUGUUGCCCUGGUCAAUGGGGGUGUAUGCGUAGGGUACAGCGAUGCCCACUUUGGUCACCCAUGCAAUAUGAUUGGUCUAGGAAGGGCUGACAGCAUGGGUGAUGGGUGGGAGACAGCCAGACGCCUGGAUCGGCCCAAAGUUUUAAAGGUGGAUGAGAAAGGCAUAUUACAGGUGCCAGGAUUUGAGUGGGCUAUUCUCAGACUAGGACAUCCUGGCAUCAUAAGCAAAAUUGAAGUAGACACCAACCAUUUUAAAGGAAAUUUCCCAGACUCCUGCAAGAUUGAAACCUGCUGUUUGACCCCAGAUGAGGAGAACAACUUGAUUCGUAACCAUUGGCGCUCUGACAAAACCCCCAAGUGGAGAAUUCUUCUUCCUCCUCAAAAACUGAAGGCACACCACAGGCAUUUGUUUUCUGGGGAGUCAGUGGUGCAGUGUGGGCCUGUGACUCAUGUGCGUCUGGUCAUAGCUCCCGACGGGGGGGUCAGCAGACUCAGACUCUGGGGUCGACCGGUGUCCAACAACAUGACUCGCCCUCAGCAAAUCUCCAAACUGUAAUGCCAUCAUGUACUUUCAGCACACAGUUACAGAAGAAUGAAGGUCAUAUGUUGUGAUUUAGAAUAUGAAUACAAUAAUGUAAAAAACAGCAUUGAAGACAUACUAUAUACAAUACAAUACCUAAUAACCUUAGCUGUGGUACAGUAUUCAAAAGAAUUAUGUUCAAGGCCAAUGUUUCAGAAAACACCAAUAAAGUACUCUCAAAAUAGCUAAUAAAAUGAACCUUCACUUAA